AUGGCGGAUUGUAGACAUCUCUGCGAAGAGGUAGCAAGUAUGCUUAAUAGGCGACAUCUGCGGGAGUACUUGAGUGAAAGAGCUAGAAACCAUUACGAGAGAAUUGAGCCGACAAAUUCAAAGAACAUUUUGGAUGCCCCUCCACAUAUCAUCAAUAUGAUCUUUGGAGGAUCCAUUAUCACCGGAACAACUUUCACGGUGGCCAAGAAAAUGAAGAUCUCGGUGAUGCGGGAGAAAAGGUUCCGAGAAUUACCGGACGAAGACGCCAUCACUUUUUCUGAUGAAUAUACAAUUGGCAUCACCUUGUCCCAUAACGACACCCUGGUUAUCACUCUAUCCAUUGAAUACUUCCAAGUAAAGCGCUUGUUGAUUGAUCCAGGGAGCUCAACAAAUAUCAUCCGGUGGAAAGUGGCUGAGGAAAUGGGAAUGUUGGGGAAAACCAUAUCUGCUGCAAGGACACUCGCUGGUUUUAACAUGUCAAGUGAAACUACAAACGGCGAGAUCGAUUUACCUGUAGAAGCUGAAGGGAUCAUAAUGGAGAUCAACUUGUAUGUGAUAGAUGGUGAGAUGCAGAAUCAAGUAGAUCAGGGGAGAGCAACUGGCACAAAGAAGAUGCUUACCAUCGAGGAGCCAAAGGUCGGUGGUGCAGCAACGAAUGACAAAUAG